AUGGCCUCCAAUCUUGCCAAAAGGAAGCCCUUCAGCGCCUCGGGCUCCCAUGGCUCAACAGGGGCAUCUAGGAAACGCGCAAAAACAUUCGAUGCACGCACUCUAGCCGUCCAGUCCACCGACUCCGCCCUCUCGAUAACGGGCGAACUCGAUGUCGCCGCAUACGCAGCUGCCCGGGCUUUCGAGAUCCAGGCCCUGGAAAAUGGAAUGCAGCGAUCAAAAGACGCACUCACAACACGAGCAUUUCAGAAAGUGCCUCGCUCCCUGCGGAGACGAACAGCAAGUCACAAUGUGAAACGGGUUCCGCGGAGGCUGAGGGCGAGAGCAAAGCGGGAGAUGAUCGAAGACAAGACGCCGACCGUUACUUCUCGGAGACGCAAACCCACGCAGACCAUGCGCAUCCGGCUCGAAACUGCUAGGCGCCUGCAGAACCUCAAUGCCAAGUCCAAGGCGAGACUUGCGACAAAAAAGGGCAAGGAGGCUCACGACGUGGCGACGGCGCUGAAGGAGGAGGGGAGCCAUCCUUUCAAUACUGCGCCGAGGAUACCUAAGAUCAAGAAGAACAAGCUUUCGCGACCACCCCCGCCGGAGGCUAAAUUUAAGAAGCGUCAGCGUUGCAAGACUUGGUUGCCCACUCAUAUGUUUCAUGCGAAGCGUGCUCAUAUGGCGACGACUAAGAAUCCUAUUUGGCGAUUUGCAAUCCCUGUGUCGCCUACGGAAAAGAGUUACAGGCCCACGCACAGAGCACGCGGGUCUCGGGGUGCUGUCGCGUGGGAUAUGAGUUACAUGUCUACUGUACAGCUUGAAGGAAAAGAGUCGUGUAUUGAGGCUGUUUUACGGACUGUUGGUGUUAAUAGCGAUGAUGCAUGGGGUUCCAAGGGCAAGAAGUGGAGAGCUGGUACUCGGUCGUUACCGGCAUGGACAUAUGAGAAAGAUUUGAAACGACCACUGGCGCCUGUUACAUUUAUUUGGUGUGCACAGCCGAAGGAUGAAGAUGUUGAAAUGACCAGUGUCGACGAAAGCCAGCCAGCAAAGGAUCCACGCCGGAAACUUUGGGUUCGAGUUCAUCCAUCGGCAUUCCUGCAUCUUUGGACAGAUCUGCUUGAGUCUUCGAAGCGACAGAAUCCCCCUGUUAUGGUCGAAGACCUGCGAUUCGACAUUGGCAGCAUUGAAAUUACUGGACCGGGAUCUGCAGAAGCUUUGCUCGCAGCAUUGCGGCCUGUCCUAGGCUCAGAUGGUCAAGCUCUAGGCCCUCAGAGCCCCGAGACUACUUGGUCCUCUUUACUGGGAGUAUCAAACCCGUCCUCACUUCCCCAAAAUGCUCUUCUGUCAUUUGCCGUUUCCGACCCGCGCCUUCAAUUCCCAUCCCAAACACUACGAGUCCCGGAUAACGAGUCUCACAUGAAUGAUUUGGCCAUGCUGCUUGCCAAGUGGUCUCCUGAUCAAACACAAGGACCAUCGCCCCUUUUCGAGCGCUCCAAUCGCUUAGCAGCUACCCGUCAGCUUCCUAGCCAAAAAGCCAUCAACCGUCGUCGGGGUCUCGCUGGUCCGGGCGUUUUUCCCGCUCCGCAGCCCAACGAUCCACAAAUUCCGGUCAUGAUCCUCGCAAACAAGCCAUCUCCCUUGUCCAAGCAGAAUACCGCACCCGGUUCAUGGACCGUUCUCUUACCAUGGAAGUGCGUCGUUCCUGUUUGGUACUCGAUUAUGUACUACCCACUUUCAAGCGGAGGAAACCCGCGCUUCGGUGGCUUGAAAGAACAGCAACAGCUUGCGUUUGAGGCAGGGGGAACCAAAGAAGCGCAGAAGUCCCAAAAAGAGUGGGAACGAAGACCCAAAGGGCGCCGCUCUGAAUUUAAUAGUCUCGCCCUUGGCGCUGGCCGUCCGAAGGGAGAAAUUGGACAUGGCUGGGCUUGUGAUUGGGAACGACUUCUCCAAGGACCAUCACAAGAUGUGGCUGAUGCCAUUCCUUCCAAGGAAGCAGCUGAUGCUGACUCUUCCAUCACUCCUCCUCUCAAUAUCCAUAGCAUCCGAUACCCUCCUAGCAAUACCGAUCGCAUCAUCAGCAACCUCAUCAAGUCUCCCCCCGGUCCUGGCGCCAUUGCCCCAGUCAACCUGACACUUUGCAGUCGUGGUACACCCGUUCCCUGUGCCCGUAUUUACCGUCUCCCUUCCGACCCGGCAUUGCGUCAGAAAUGGUUGAGCCUCGCCUCACCAUCUAACAAGAAUGCCGAUCAGAAGCACAAGGGCCGCACAGCUUCGGAGCUGUCAGACGAAGAGGCCCGGCGUCAACUUGCCGAGUCAUUGCUCUCGUGUUCUGCACCGGAAGGCGCGGCCUAUGAUUGCUUAGAAGUUCCCACUGAGGACGAUCUAAUCGGGUUUGUUACCUCCGGAAACUACAAUCUUUCUGAGGGCAAGGGUACUGGUAUUGGAUCAAUCCUCCUUUCGAAGGUGUUGAUACCCAAUGUUAAGCUGCAUGAGAGGAAAAUGUGUAUCGUUCGUGCGGCUGGCGAGAAGUUAGGACGGUUAGGCACGUGGGAACUUGUCUAA